AUGACAAAGCCGAUAGUUCUCCAUUUAGGUGAUGAUAUUCGUUGGAAUCAUGAGCUAUACUCAAAACUCAACGACCAGUUUGAGAUUCAACGCGCCUACAGUAUGUCAAGGCCCGAGUUUGUCCGAGCUCUGAAAGAACGAAAAUUCGGUGAUUUCUUUGCGAUAUACCGUCCAUUCUGGAAUACUGGUGGUGAAAUGGGAAACUGGAACGAAGAAUUAAUAUCUCUUCUUCCAAGUUCCUGCAAAAUCUAUGCCAGUGCCGGUGCGGGGUUUGAUUGGGUUGAUACUGCAUGCUUGGCUAAGAAAGGUGAUACCGAAGCUCAAGACUGGAUAAUUUACUGCAAUGCGGCCGCAGCAUGUACCGAAUCUGUAGCCGAUGCGGCUAUCUGGCUGAUGCUUUCUACCUUCCGGCUGUUUUCCUGGUCGGCAAUGGCAGCGCGCACUGCUGAUGCCGACCAAUUCGUGGAUGCAAACCGGAAUCUCGCCAUGGUCUCCCACAACCCAAAAGGUCACACGCUAGGCAUCAUAGGGUUUGGACAGAUCGGACGUCGCACAGCCGAGAAGGCUUACAAAGCCUUCAACAUGAAGAUCCUUUACAACGACAUUGUGCAGAUGCCACGAGAGCUUGAAGACGUCUCUAAGGCCACGUUCCACGAGAGCAUGGACAGCCUACUUGCGGAGGCAGACUGUGUAGCCGUAGCCACACCGUUCAGCGGAAAAAUUCUUCUCAACGCGUCGCUGCUGUCGAAGAUGAAGCCAGGAUCGCGACUCGUGAACAUCGCCCGAGGAAGACUCCUCGAUGAGGCCGCCCUGAUCCAGGCACUCAAGAGUGGCCAACUCUCUUCUGCUGGUCUUGAUGUGCACUAUGACGAGCCCCAUGUUAAUCGAGAGCUGGCUGCGAUGAGGAAUGUAGAGGUCACGUCUCACAAUGCCGGUGCUUCACUAGAUGCGCAUAUCGGGUUUGAGCGUCUUGGGAUGGAUAAUAUUAUCUCAUUCUACCAGACAGGCAAGGCAAUUACCCCUGUGAAUCAGCAUCUGGUAGACAAGAUUUCUGCGAGGCUGUAA